GGAGGUUUGUCCUCUGCCGGCCGCCAUCGCGCCGCUGGCCCCGCCCGCCAUAUUGUGCCCGGCGCAGGCUUGAGCGGCGGCCGGCGAUGGUUUUAAGACCUGAAGAGACAAUCGGGCAGUGAAGAGCGGAGAAGCCCCCUGGAAGAGCAUCCCUCUGCACCCUCCGUUGUUAUGGCAGGGGGCAGGAGGGGCCCAAACCGCACCUCCUACUGCCGCAACCCGCUCUGCGAGCCAGGCGCCGCGGGCGGCUCCGGCCACGCCAGCAGCUCCUCGGUCACCGGAGUGCGCUCCCGCACCAGGAGUGGAUCAGGUACAGGCCUUUCCAGCCCACCUCUGGCAACUCAGACAGUGGUUCCCCUCCGGCACUGCAAGAUCCCAGAGCUGCCUGUGGAGAGGAGUGUGCUGUUUGAACUCCAGCUCUUCUUCUGUCACCUCGUGGCUCUCUUCGUCCACUACAUCAACAUCUACAAAACAGUCUGGUGGUACCCACCCUCCCAUCCGCCUUCACACACCUCCCUGAACUUUCAUCUUAUUGACUUCAACGUGCUGACGGUGACAACGAUCGUCCUGGCCCGCCGGCUGAUCGGUGCUAUUGUGAAGGAGGCCUCACAGAGUGGCAAAGUCUCCCUGGCACGCUCCAUUUUCCUGGUGGUCACUCGGUUUGCUGUGCUCACUGGCACAGGCUGGAGCUUGUGUCGCUCCAUCAUCCACCUCUUCAGAACCUACUCCUUCCUCAACCUCCUCUUCCUCUGCUACCCCUUUGGGAUGUACAUUCCCUUCCUCCAGCUCAACUGCGACCUCCGGAAGGCAGGGCUGUUCUCCCAGGUGGCCAGCAUCGGGCCCAGAGAGGCCAGCGAGGUCAGUGCCAGGGGCAGAGACUACCUGAGCGUGCUGAAGGAGACCUGGAAGCAGCACACGCGGCAGAUGUACGGCAUGGAGGCCAUGCCCACCCACGCCUGCUGCCUCUCCCCCGACCUCAUCCGCAGCGAGGUGGAGUACCUGAAAAUGGACUUUAACUGGAGGAUGAAGGAGGUGCUGGUCAGCUCCAUGCUCAGUGCCUACUACGUGGCCUUUGUGCCAGUCUGGUUCGUGAAGAACACUCAGUACUACGACAAGCGCUGGUCCUGUGAGCUCUUCCUCCUGGUCUCCAUCAGCACCUCAGUGAUCCUGAUGCAGUACCUGCUCCCUGCACGCUACUGUGACCUGCUGCACAAAGCUGCAGCACACUUGGGCUGCUGGCAGAAGGUGGACCCAGCCCUCUGCUCCAACGUGCUGCAGCAUCAGUGGACAGAGGAGUGCAUGUGGCCGCAGGGGGUGCUGGUGAAGCACAGCAAGAACGUCUACAAAGCCGUGGGGCACUACAACGUGGCUGUGCCCUCCGACGUCUCCCACUUCCGCUUCCACUUCUUUUUCAGCAAACCACUACGAAUCCUCAACAUCCUGAUCCUGCUGGAGGGAGCUGUCAUCUUCUACCAGCUUUACUCCCUGAUUUCUUCAGAGAAGUGGCACCAGACCAUCUCCCUGGCUCUGAUCCUCUUCAGCAAUUACUACGCCUUCUUCAAGCUGCUGCGGGACCGUCUGGUGCUGGGCAAAGCCUACUCCUACUCUGCCAGCAGAGACUCAGAGCAGAAGCUGAAUUAAAACAGUUGCACUGAUCCUGAGGCUUAUUACAGAACAAACAGAACAAAAAAACCCUCAGAGCUUUG